AUGGGCCCCGCCGCGGGCCAGGCCUUGACCCCAGCCACCCUGGUGGGAUGUGGCGGGUACCAGCCCCACUUGGGCCAGGACUUAGCUCACAGCAGCCAGCGCCAGGAGCCCAGCCCCGCGCCCACUGCCGCAGCCACCUGCCAGGACGGUGACAGCUACGGAUGGUCGGCAGCUGCCAGCAGUGACGGGGACAAGCGGUGCGUGCAGCCUGCUGCCCUCCAAGCCGGACUCACGGCCCCGGACGAGCUCCACCAGCCAGGGACCAAAGACGGCUACGGGCAGCCCAGCCCCAGGGGUGGUCAGAGCCACGCUCAGCUCCCACGACAGGUGCCCCCGGCGGAGGCUGGGCAGCUAGAGGGCGCCUCGAUCUCAGGCUACAUCUACCCCACGGUGACAAGUGUCCAGCCUGAGGCGUCCACCGUGACCUCCUACCCUGCACCCUCCUACAAUCCCACCCACACCCUGUACGCAGGUCCGAACUACCCCGGUUGCAACGUGCUGGUGUACCCUGCUGUCCGUCCCCAUUGUCCUCUGCCCCUGUCCCCGCAGACACAGCCCCCGCCUCCUCCAGAACCCCCUCAGCAGUCGCCGCCCAGGCAGCCUUCAUCACCCGUGGAUGGCUCCGGAAGCAGCCCCGGGCCUGACCAGAAGCUACCAUCACCCAACAAGCUGCCGAAAGCCCAGGGGGGCCCCAGGCAGCCCCAGCUCCACUACUGCGACAUCUGCAAGAUCAGCUGUGUGGGCCCCCAGAACUACCGGCAGCAUCUGGAAGGGCAGAAGCACAAGAAGAAGAAGGAGGCGGCUCAGAAGAUGGGCACACAGCCCGAUGGCAGCCCGCUCGGGGUGCAGGGACGGCUGCACUGUGGCCUGUGCGCCGUGUCCUGCACGGGGGCGGACGCCUACACGGCCCACAUCCGGGGCGCCAGGCACCAGAAGGUCUUCAAGCUGCACACCAAGUUGGGCAAGCCCAUUCCUGCCAUCCAGCCUGCACCCGAGACCUCCAGCAAGCUGUCCCCGCCGGCCCAGGAGCGCACCCCUGAGCCCAAGGCCCCCGCCGGCCCCAACGAGCACUCUCAGGGCCGCCCAGCGCCGGCCAGGAGACCGGUGGCCUCGAAGGCCCUGUGCAAGGGGCCUCCCGAGCCGCAGGCAGCAGGCAGCAGACCCCAGGGAGGGAAAGCGGCCCGACCCAAAUCGGAGGGGCCCGGAGGAGCACCCAGCCAAGGGGGCACGGGGGAAGCUUCCGGAGGCUGCUGUGACGCGCAGCCGGUGGGCCCCGGCUACGUGGAGGAGGUGUGCAACGAUGAGGGGAAAGUGAUCCGGUUCCGCUGCAAGUUGUGCGAGUGCAGUUUCAACGACGCCAACGCCAGGGACAUGCACGUGAAGGGGCGGCGGCACCGGCUGCAGUACAAGAAAAAAGUAGACCCCGACCUGCCCAUCGCUGCCACACCCAGCAACAGGGUUCGGAAGCUCGUGGAGGACAGGAUGCGGAAGCAGCGGCACCUGGCCAGGGAGCGGCUGCAGGAGCUGCGGCGCUGGCAGGCGGAGAGCAGGCGGCUGGAGGAGAAGCUGCUAUCCCAGGACGAGCAGCAGCAGCAGCAAGCGUCGCCGGACUGUUCUCCUCCGGCCCCCACCGGCAGGUCGGGGACACCUGCCACCCCACUCCUGCCCAGGCGGCGGCCAGAGUCCAGCGACGACCGGCACGUGAUGUGCAAGCACGCCGCCAUCUACCCCACGGAGCGGGAGCUCCUGGCCGUGCAGAAGGCUGUCGCCCACGCGGAACGGGCCCUCAAGCUGGUGUCAGACACGCUGGCCCGGGAGGACCACAGACGCCGGGAGGAAGAAGGCAGCGGGCACAGUGGCGUUGCCCCCUCGGCUCGGGUCCUGAAAGGUGUCAUGCGAAUCGGCCUCCUGGCGAAAGGCCUCCUCCUGCGGGGGGACAGGGACGUGCACCUGGCCCUGCUCUGCUCCGAGAAGCCCACGCACAGCCUGCUGCGGAGGAUUGCAGAGCAGCUGCCCCGGCAACUCCCGAUGGUGACCGAGGAUAAGUACGAGGUCUCCUCUGACCCUGAAGCCAACAUUGUCAUCUCCUCCUGCCAGGAGCCCAGGAUGCGGGUCAUUGUCUCCGUCACCUCUUCCCUGAUGCGGAAGGAGCCCUCCGUGGACCAAGGAGUGGAGGAGCCUCAGCCCGAGCCAGUCGAUGUCCUGAGCCCCAAGAAGUGCCUCAAGUCCCUGGCGGCCCUGCGCCACGCCAAGUGGUUCCAGGCUCGCGCCAGCGGCCUGCAGCCGUGCGUGCUCGUCCUCAGGGUCCUGCGGGACCUCUGCCAGCGCGUGCCCACCUGGGGGGCCCUGCCAGCCUGGGCCAUGCAGCUGCUAGUGGAGAAGGCUCUGAGCAGUGCCACCCAGCCCCUGGGCCCUGGGGACGCCGUGAGGCGCGUCCUGGAGUGUGUGGCCACAGGGACACUACUGGAAGAUGGGCCUGGGCUCCAGGACCCGUGCGAGAAAGGCCAGAAGGACGCCCUGGAGCCCAUGAGCCUGCAGGAGCGGGAGGACGUGACAGCCAGUGCCCAGCACGCCCUGCGCAUGCUGGCCUUCCGGCAGAUCCACGCGCUCCUGGGCAUGGCCCCGCUGCCCGCGUCCCGCUGCCGGAAGAGGCGGCUGGAGCCCAGAGAGGCCGAGGAGGCCGAAGAGGGUGUGGGCGAGAGGAAGCAGGGCCGGAGGGACACAGAGGGGCUUGCGUGA